CUGUAUCCAUCGGGCGAGUUGCGGCGCAGAGUCCAAGAUGACGGCGGCAAGCAGCAGCAAGGUCAAGCACACGCGGUACUAUGAGCUCAUGGGCGUCGCCGUGGACGCUUCCGCCGAGGACCUCAAGAAGGCCUACCGCCGCAAGGCGCUGCAGCUCCAUCCCGACAAGCGCGGCAACACGCCCGAGGCGCAGGACGAGUUCACGGCCAUGAAGGCAGCCUACGACGUCUUGAGCGACCCAAAGCAGCGCGAGAUCUACGACACGAUGGGCGAAGACGGCCUCCGCGUCAUGAACGACUUUGGCGAAAUGCGAUUCGACGACGUGGUCACCGCGGCUGUCGGCGCCGUCGCGGCCAUGAGCGCCUGCGCCAAGGCCAUGAUCUUCAUGGCCGUGCUUCUCGGACUUGGCCUCGCCCUCUUGGUGCCCAUCUUUUGGUGCCUCCGCGCCGACGACGACGUCGACUGGUCCUGGAUCAACGUGUUUGCGCCCAUGUGGCUCCUCGACGCGAUGUACCUGUGCUGGACGGGCUGCUCCAUCGCGGCCGGCGAUGCCACCGACGACGUCGACGCGUCCGACCGUCCGUCGCGCACCACGCGGUUCCUUGCCAAAGGCGCGGUGGUGCUGCACAUUCUACUGUUUGUCUUGACGCAGAUCUUUGUCGCAAUGAAGCUCCAGGGCUCGGUCACUUGGAGUUGCGCUGUCGUUUUGGCACCGCUCUUUGCACUCGAAGGCUUGUACUUGAGCGAGAAGCUGCUGGUGGCUUACCGCGUCUACGAUGCCUUCCGCGCCAAGCCGGAUGCGGCCGUGCAUUUCCUCGUUCGUGAGAUUGUACGGUCGUGUCUCGUGAGCGUGCUCUCGCUCUCGUUUGAGAUCCUCGUUGCGCUCCGCAUCGACAAGGUCCUUGCCGCUUCGUGGUGGCUCGUCUUCCUCCCGGUGUGGCUCCUUCUGGCGCUUUUGGCCGCGCCACUCCUGCGCGCAAUGACCAUUCGUCCGCCAGCUGGCGACGACGACGCACACACGCCGUCCUAUGGCAUGCAUGCGUGCUUGCUUGUCGGACUCGCCGCGCUCGUGAGCCCUUUUGUGCUCCUCGCUGCGCGCCUCGAAAUGUCCUUCGAGACCUCGCUCUACGUGCUCUUACCGUGGUUCCUUGUUGCGGGCGCCGUGCUGCUGACCAUCUGCCUGUGUCUCUGCUGUCUGCGGCCCAUUGAAGCGCCCAAGGAUGACGACGACGGGCCGAGUGUCGAGUCGCCCCGCAACAACACGGACGCGUCGCCACACCCGUACUACCACGACGACAACAUGGCCUAGUCCGGUCGUCCUCGGCGAAUAAUGUAGCGAGGAGAACUAUGUAUUGUCAAGUGUACAUGAUUUAUGUACUCUACGACCAUUUUAGUAA